AUGAAGAAAAUAAAUUUUUUGCUUAGGAAGUGCAAGAGCUUGUCAAGGCAGCUAGGGAGAUCUUCAUCAUACAGUAGCCUAAGGUCCAAAUCCACAAGAGAAGAUUUAUGGGUUGGCCAUGGAGACAAAAUGCAUGAAAUUGAUCAUCACCACCAAACUAUAAUCUUUGUGGGAAGCACAAGAAAGCGCUAUGUCAUUAGUUCCAAGUACCUCAACCAUCCUCUGUUGAAUGCUUUAAUUGACAAGUCCUCAAAGCAAAAGCAAGGAGGAGAAGCAGAAGAUAUCUUGGUCAACUGUGAGGUGGUUCUCUUUGACCACUUGAUAUGGAUGCUAGAGAAUGCUGCUGAUCCAAGCUUUGGUGCUUCAGAGUCCUUGGAGGAACUGGCUGCUCUCUAUGUGUUCUGA